AGUAUGAUUCGCCGGUACUCCCAUCAGCUGCGCGUUAGUGAUGUAUUCCGUUCUUGAGUGAAAUAUUGACAGUGACGUUUAGAGCUUUUCCUCUUUGAAAUGUUUCGCAAAAGAUACCGGAGUCAAAGAGAAAUUGAAGAGAUUAUGGGACGCUCUGACCAUGAAAUUGCAAAUCGCAUUCUCUAUGCGGAUACAGUCGACUUAGUGGUCUUGCCACCAGAAACUGCCGAUGCAGUGAGCGAUACGGAGAAUAUUGAUGAUGAGGAACAAAUAAUGAACGAUGAAAAUGAAUUUCUGCCUCACGAAAUAGCUGGGCACAUCGAACUGUCGUGCACGUACAAUGAUGACAAUCCGAAUGCGUCAACCGAUUGCGACGAGACCGCGGAACAUUCGGUUGAAUUUGAAGCUGAUACAAGUUCGCGUGAGACGCAGCAGAAACGCAGCAGAAAAGAAGUGAAUCUGUUCGAACCAAAAUGGAUCAAAGCAAAAAAGAUGAAAUACUCUCGGGAGCUUCCGGUGAAUAAAGAGAUUGAGAAAAUGGAAGAACUAUACAGAAAAUAUGGAGAAUAUUCACCGAUUCAACUUUUCAACUUGUUUAUUGAUGAUGAGAUGAUCAAAUAUUUGGUUCGAUGUACGAUUAACUACGCCAAAAUUGAUCACAACGAUUUGAAAUUUGAGAUGGAUGACGAGGAAAUGCGCCGUUUCAUUGGUAUUUUGUUCGUGACUGGCUACAAUGCAAGACCACGAAUCGAAAAUUAUUGGUCGAAUCAAUCCUCAUUGGAGUGCAACAUCAUCCGUCGCGCAAUGGCUCAUGAUCGUUUUAAACUUAUAAAGAAAUAUUUCCAUGUCUGUGAUAAUCAGAAAAUUGAUGCCCGUGAUAAGUUCGCCAAAGUGACGCCGUGGAACAUCAUUUUGAAUGAGAGAUUCAUGCAAUUUGGCAUUUUCUCACACAAUCUAUCUAUCGAUGAGCAAAUGAUUGCUUACUUCGGCCGUCAUUCUUGUAAAAUGUUUAUCAAAGGAAAGCCCAUUCGAUUUGGCUUCAAAUACUGGGAUUUAUGUUCGUCUGAUGGCUAUUUGUAUUCGUUCAUUCCCUACAGCGGUGCAGAUGAGAAUCGAGAACCUGAGUACAAAGACUGCAGCUUAGCUCAAAAGGUCGUACUAAAGUUAUUAAAACUACUUGACGACCCACGUGAACAUUGUGUUGCGUUUAACAACUUCUUUACUUCUCAUAAGUUGAUGAGCCAACUCACCUCGCUGGGAUAUUAUGCUACCGGAACCAUUCGUGACAAUCGUUUGAAUGAAGCGAAACUUACUGACGUCUCAUCAUCUAAGAAGAAAGACCGCGGCUGGUUAGACUACACAUUUGAUCGAAACAAUAAUGUGCUGAUAGUCCGAUGGAACGACAAUUCUGUCCUGACAAUUGCAACGAAUCACGAGGAAAUUGAACCACUGCAUCGUGUGAAGCGAUGGAAUGGCGGAAAAAAAUGUUACGUUGAUAUGCCACAAGUCGUCAAAGCAUACAAUAAUCGAAUGGGUGGCGUUCAACUCUUUGAUAAUGCCAUGAACCAUUAUCGAAUUCGUGUUCGUGGCAAAAAGUGGUAUUGGCCACUGAUAACAAAUGGAUUGGAUGCCGCUAUGGUGAAUUCUUGGAAGAUUCAUUCUGCUCUCUUCAAAUAUGAAAAGGGAAUGUCACGCACCACCGAAAGAUGUAUGACACAAAAAACAGAGCCAUUGGAUCAAUUACUGUUCCGUACUCAUGUUGCAGAAUGUUUGCUUCGAAUGGCAAUAACGCCGAUUUCGACUUUGGAGACGUUUACUCCACAGUCAACUGCUAUUCGAAAAUCCAAAGACGCCGCUCUGGAGAGUGUUCGUAAAGACAAAAUUGGCCAUGGCAUUGAAAAAUUAGAGAAGCCUCGUCGCUGUCAAAAUUGUCACAAACAUUCCUCAUAUAAAUGCACUAAAUGCGAAGUAGCCCUACACGUUUUGUGUUUUAAUGAAUUCCACGAAAUAUAAGGUUUUCAUGUUGAACUUUCAAGAAAAUUUAUUAAAACAUUACUUCUUACAUGUAUAGUUUUUGGCUAAUGGUCGACUUAUCGACCACAUUUUUUAAAUCAUAAGCAGAAUAUAAAGUUUGAAUAAAAUCAGUGGCAGUGGAUCUAGGUGCCGUCUGAAAUUGGUUAAUUUAUUCAAAGAAAACUGACUAAUGUGAACUUUUCAUUUAAAAAAGUGAGUUUAGGGACCUUUUCUGAAUAUA